GGCCGGGCGCGCGCGCGCGUCAAGGCGGCUGCGCGCCUGCGCGAGGGCGGGCAGCGGGCGCGCGCGGCGGGGGCGGGCUCUGCUUAGCGCCGAGCUGCAGCGGCGGAGCCGGACGUGUCCGUGAAGAUGGCGGGCCGGAGUAUGCAAGCUGCAAGAUGUCCUACAGAUGAAUUGUCCUUAACUAACUGCGCAGUUGUGAAUGAAAAGGAUUUCCAGUCUGGCCAGCACGUGAUUGUGAGGACCUCCCCCAACCACAGGUACACAUUUACACUGAGAACACACCCAUCUGUGGUUCCAGGGAGCAUUGCAUUCAGCUUACCUCAGCGAAAAUGGGCUGGACUUUCUAUUGGACAAGAAAUAGAAGUGUCCUUAUAUACCUUUGACAAAGCCAAGCAGUGUAUUGGCACUAUGACCAUCGAGAUUGAUUUCCUGCAGAAAAAAAGUAUCGACUCCAACCCAUAUGAUACUGACAAGAUGGCCGCAGAAUUUAUUCAGCAGUUCAACAACCAGGCAUUCUCAGUGGGUCAACAGCUUGUAUUUAGCUUCAAUGAAAAGCUUUUUGGCUUACUGGUCAAAGACAUUGAAGCCAUGGAUCCUAGUAUCCUCAAGGGAGAGCCUGCAACUGGUAAAAGACAGAAGAUUGAAAUAGGGCUGGUUGUUGGAAACAGUCAGGUUGCAUUUGAAAAAGCAGAAAAUUCAUCACUCAAUCUUAUUGGCAAAGCAAAAACCAAGGAAAAUCGCCAGUCUAUCAUCAAUCCUGACUGGAACUUUGAGAAAAUGGGAAUAGGAGGUCUGGACAAGGAGUUUUCCGAUAUUUUUCGACGAGCAUUUGCUUCCAGAGUAUUUCCUCCAGAGAUUGUGGAACAGAUGGGCUGCAAACAUGUUAAAGGCAUCCUGUUAUAUGGGCCUCCAGGUUGUGGUAAGACUCUGUUGGCUCGACAGAUUGGCAAGAUGUUGAAUGCAAGAGAGCCUAAAGUGGUCAACGGGCCGGAAAUUCUCAACAAAUAUGUGGGAGAGUCAGAGGCUAACAUUCGUAAACUCUUUGCUGAUGCUGAAGAGGAGCAAAGGAGGCUUGGUGCUAACAGUGGUUUGCACAUCAUCAUCUUUGAUGAAAUUGAUGCCAUCUGCAAGCAGAGAGGGAGCAUGGCUGGUAGCACAGGGGUUCAUGACACCGUUGUCAACCAGCUGCUGUCCAAAAUUGAUGGCGUAGAGCAACUGAACAACAUCUUAGUCAUUGGAAUGACCAACAGACCAGAUCUGAUCGAUGAGGCUCUCCUUCGACCUGGAAGACUGGAAGUUAAAAUGGAGAUAGGCUUACCAGAUGAGAAGGGCCGAUUACAGAUCCUUCACAUCCACACAGCAAGGAUGAGAGGGCAUCAUUUACUCUCUGCUGACGUAGACAUUAAAGAACUGGCCGUAGAGACCAAGAACUUCAGUGGCGCUGAACUGGAGGGUCUGGUGCGAGCAGCCCAGUCCACUGCUAUGAACAGACACAUAAAGGCCAGUACUAAAGUGGAAGUGGACAUGGAGAAAGCAGAGAGCCUACAGGUGACAAGAGGGGACUUCCUUGCUUCUUUGGAAAAUGAUAUCAAGCCAGCGUUUGGCACAAACCAAGAGGAUUAUGCAAGUUACAUUAUGAAUGGUAUCAUCAAAUGGGGUGAUCCAGUUACUCGAGUUCUAGAAGAUGGGGAACUUCUGGUUCAACAGACUAAAAACAGUGACCGCACACCACUGGUCAGCGUCCUCUUGGAAGGCCCUCCUCACAGUGGGAAGACAGCUUUAGCUGCUAGGAUUGCAGAGGAAUCCAACUUCCCCUUCAUCAAGAUCUGUUCUCCUGAUAAGAUGAUUGGCUUUUCUGAGACAGCCAAGUGUCAGGCCAUGAAGAAGAUCUUUGAUGAUGCAUACAAAUCCCAGCUCAGUUGUGUGGUUGUGGAUGACAUUGAGAGACUGCUUGAUUAUGUCCCUAUUGGCCCUCGAUUUUCUAAUCUGGUACUACAGGCUCUUCUUGUGUUACUGAAAAAGGCGCCUCCACAGGGUCGCAAGCUUCUUAUCAUUGGGACCACGAGCCGCAAAGAUGUCCUUCAGGAGAUGGAAAUGCUAAACGCCUUCAGCACCACCAUCCAUGUGCCCAACAUCGCCACAGGGGAGCAGCUGCUGGAGGCUCUGGAGCUAUUGGGCAACUUCAAGGAUGAAGAACGCACCACAAUUACACAGCAAGUCAAAGGGAAGAAGGUCUGGAUAGGAAUCAAGAAGUUACUAAUGUUGAUUGAGAUGUCCCUACAGAUGGAUCCCGAAUACCGUGUGAGAAAAUUCUUGGCCCUCUUAAGAGAAGAAGGAGCUAGCCCCCUCGACUAUGAUCAUGAACUAUUUUCAAACGCAAAGUGACCAAGCAAAGUGACCAAGGUGAAGACGGCCUGGGAUCAUCACUCGACCUCCUCGAGAUACUGAACACAGUGAAAUGAACCCUGCCUUCGACACGUGCUCACACUGCAUGACGAGUGCAAUGAAACUCCCUUCCUUGUGCUUACUGAGAUACUCCCUCUUGUGGAAGGUGUAAAUUCGCUUUAGAAUGCUGUGCUCACCUCUCCGUGUAAGCUGAUUCCUUCUUGCUCAAUCUUAAACGUGGGAAACAUACUGUACUUAUGAACACUACACGUUCUAAGCUCCCUACCACCACCACCCGAAAACUCUCAAUAAACAUACUGAUGUUGCAAAAUAGCAGUUGGCCUAGUAGAAGGAAGACUUUCCACCUGUAAGCUAGGAGCCGUGACUAGAGGCACUGGGUUCAAAGGGAUUCUCUCACAACUUCCCUGUGCUAACAACACUACAGGUCAUUGGAUAUUUGGUUCAAGUUUCUCUCAGAAGGCUGGUUAUCUUUGCCUGAAGAAACAGGGCUAUGAAUUUCUAAGAUGCUGUUCUCGAUCAUUUUCAGAGAUGUUUCUAGGUUGCAAUCAGGAGAUCUUCCUUAAUAGGAAGUCAGAUUAUUACCGUGUUGGCUGUGCCAUCCCUUUAAUGUAAGUGAUGUGCUCAGUGGUAACAGAUAACGCUGGUCAUUACUACUUGGUAGAUGUUGUUAAGAACCUGUGAGAGAUGUGUAUGGUAAAAGCAUACACCCCAAAACAGAAGGGUGUCAAACUCAAGUAACUUACAACCCUCCCAGCACUCAUUAGUGCCCAGGUCUAAGUGGGUCCAUAAUACUAAAGGCUUCUUUAGUAUCACCACUUUUCUUUUGUCCUUAGCUUAAUGACUUACUUAGAAUGUAUCCUUCCUUUAUUUUAAAUUAUCUGUAUUCCCUAGCAUCUAAAUAAAACACUAUUUUCCAGAAAAAAUAAACCACUUUCUAGCACGCUCUCCUCAGUCCUUUAACAUCCAUUCCAAUGUACUGAAGAUGUCUCCUUCCCCCUCUGCACGCUUCUUCCAAAGGGAAGGAGAACAGUAGUUUAAGCUGAGUUGGAAGAAAUGCGAUCAGGUCGUUAUGUUCAGUGAGAAGACUUGCGGAACACGUGCCCCUCCCCCGCUGCUGCUGCGGCUUCAGCUUCAAGGACAGGCGGCACCUGAAGGUACUUAACGUAGGGCUUGGCACCAGGGGGAACUUGGGUGUCACCACGGUGGUCUGUGGUGCAGCUCUCUCAUCUGUCCCUGUGGUAGAGGAUAAAUUAUCUCCAGAUCUUGCUCUCUGUAUAUUUUGUUAGAUUUAUAUGUUGCAUCUGCUUUCUUUUGGGUUUUUAUCUCUAGCUUAUUGUGUGGCUUAAAAAAAGUGGAUUGUAUUAUAAAAAUUCUGUGGUUCCUGGUGGCCAGUAUCCUGGAUCCCCUCAUCUGUUUUAGAUCUUGCCUCUUUUUUCGCUCCCCGUGAAAGCAGCAUACAUUGUAUUAACUUAUGUCUCUUGUUAAAUAAGAUUAAUGUCUUUGUGUUUUGUCCAGAACUAUAUUGAAGAAAUGCAAAUAUUAUAUUGUUUAAUGCAAAUGAAGGAAUGCAAUAAAGAGUACGUAUACUUGAAAA